ACCCUGGAUCAGACAACAAUGGGCGCCCAAUCAUCCGGAACCGCUCUUGCACAACGGCAUACUCUAGAAUACACAUUUAAUUCUGCGUAUAGGAAUAAUUCGGAUCGUUCGGAACCUUUAAUUCAAGAAAAGGGUGUGGACUUCGCAGAAUAUGGAAACGGGCGUCUGACGUUCAAAUGCGAUCUUUUUUCUGUGGGUACUAAUUGUCCUGGGACUCGGGCUCGGAGUCCUGUCACACCUGCUCGGAACUCAUUGAAAAUACAUAGGAUAUUUCUCUCCUCUGUGAUAGGCUGAUCGAUCUGCUGGUGCUGUGAGCGCCGUCGAUUUUAAUCUACCUAAAGAUUUGGAAGACAUUAAAUGACGGUGGGACAUAAUCGAUUAAUUGCGUGAUGCUGUGAGUGACAGAAAGGGAUAGAGAGAAAGAAAGAAUAUAGAGGAGGACAUUUACUGAGAUUAAAUCAUGGCAUCUCAGAUGGUGCAAUUGGGAUUAUUUAUCUUCUGUGUGGGCUUUGCACUUGUUUCAGGUCAGUGCAACAUUCCGAAUUGUGACAGUUGUUCGUCCAGCGACUUGACGUGUGCCCGAUGUGUCAGUGGUUACUACCCAUACUUCGCCACGUGCACGGCUUGUAGCAAGGGAUGUGUUAAUGUAACAUCCGGGCCCACAUGUGAUGCAACUUCCGGGAUAUGUGCCAGAGGAUGCACGCCUGGAUGGGUCGGUGAAAAGUGUGAUAGAUGUGACAGCAACUAUUAUAAGGCGGGAGACACGUGCUACAAGUGUAGUGAUCACUGCGUGAGUUCAUGCGACGGGACGACUGGAAGCUGUUUUGGUGGAUGUCGGGAAGGGUACUGGGGAACUCGCUGCGAGAACACGUGUAGUCCGUUUUGCCAAGGAAACGCGUGUUUUUACACCAACGGCACGUGCAUAAACGGAUGUAUCAAUGGAUUUUACGGUCUUCCGUGCGAGACGCCAUGUGGAGCUUGCCCCUGUGACAGAACGCAGGGCACCUGCGUUGGUUCAUGCACAGUUGGAUUUUACGGAGAACAGUGCGACAAACGAUGUCAAGCGAGCUGUUUCGAUAACAGGUGCGAACGAGUAAGUGGACGUUGUACUUCCGACUGCCCCACUGGCUUCUACGGUGAUUUCUGUUCAAAGAACUGUAGUACGGGCUGCGACGGAGCGUGUAACCGAGAUACUGGGACCUGCUCCACCGGUUGUAAACGGGGCUUUUACGGCGACACCUGUGUAAAUCAGUGCAACCCAAACUGUCAAAAUGGAUACUGUGGCCGAUUCGACGGAAACUGUCAGGGGCUAUGUGUUGAUGGAUUUUACGGUGAUCAGUGCGCUAAGCGGUGUCCAAGCACCUGUUCCGGAAACUGCGACCAAACGACGGGAUCCUGCUCGGGUGAGUGUCAGGCCGGACGGUAUGGGGAAUUCUGUGAAAAGUUCUGUACAGUAGGUUGCUCUUCAGGCACAUGUGAUAGAAACACUGGCUUAUGCCUAUCUUCCUGUGUAUCUGGACUGUACGGGGCAUUCUGUAACCAAUCAUGUGUAAACUGCGAUUCGGUCGGUUGUGAUAAGUUAUCGGGGGUAUGUCGCGGGCAGUGUGAUCCAGGUUAUUUCGGUAGCAUGUGUAACAAAGUCUGCUCUUCCUUUUGUCUUGAUUUAUCUUGUCAAAAGAAUAAUGGAGAUUGUCUUGGGGAAUGUAAGGUCGGAUACUAUGGGUCUAACUGUUCACAAAGGUGUAGUGAGAAUUGCAACAAUUCAAUCUGUUCUAAAACAUCUGGAGAUUGUUUGAGUUGUGCCAUGGGUUUGUAUUAUGGUCCGAAAUGUCAAACUCCAUGUGGAGUGUGCGAUCACGAAGGUUGCAAUUCUGAAACAGGAGCUUGUCUUGGAUCAUGUGAACCUGGUUAUUAUGGGGACAAAUGUAAAGGGUUGUGUAAUUCAAAUUGUGAAUAUGAAGCUUGCGACCGCACAACUGCAAAAUGUCUUGGGUGUGAAACAGGUUUUCAUGGUUAUAACUGCACAAUGGUUUGCAGUACAGAUUGCCCUAUACGACAAUGCGACCAAGAUAAGGGAUAUUGUUCCCAAAAUUGCUCCAUUGGUCGAUGGGGUCAAACUUGCGAGAAUGAAUGUAGUACGAAUUGCUUUGAAAACAAAUGUGAUCGCAGCACUGGCGAUUGUUUUGCUUGCGAUGACGGUUUCUACGGUCCGAAGUGUCAGCAGUCCUGCAGUCCACAAUGCGCUUCUGGAACAUGUGAACGCAGCUUAGGGGGUUGUAUCGGUGGAUGCAAGGUCGGCUACUUCGAUUUCAAAUGCAAUUCACCUUGUGUUAUAUAUUGCAUUGGUUCUUGCAACCAGACGACUGCCUUUUGCAACAAUCCAUGUCCGCCUGGAAGAUACGGGGACUACUGUUCACUGGUUUGUCCAAAAACAUGCGCGGGAACAAAUAACACCUGCGAGAGAUCAACGGGGGUCUGUUCAAUCGGAUGCGAUGUUGGAUAUUUUGGCAACAACUGUUUAAUGGCUUGUCCUAAUUGUGAUAGUAGUGGAUGUCACAGAUCAAACGGGACGUGUGUUGCGUCAUGUAAAUUAGGUUAUUAUGGCCCCUCAUGUAAUCGUACUUGCAGUCCAACUUGCGAUGCUUCAGGAUGCGUGAAAGAUAGCGGGUUUUGUCGGGGUAGCUGUAGGGUUGGUUAUUUUGGAAGCUUUUGUGAAAACCAAUGCAACACGAACUGCGACUCUGCUGGUUGCCACAGGACCUCUGGAGUGUGCCUUGGAUCGUGUAAGCCUGGUUACUACAAUCCGACCUGUUCCGGUGUUUGCAGCUCACAUUGCAGAAACGGAACAUGCGAACGUUUUAAUGGAACAUGCUCCGAGUGCGAAGUUGGUUACUAUGGAUCUUUUUGUAACUCAACUUGCAGUAAAUGUGACAGCCAGGGAUGUAACCAAGCCGAAGGGAAAUGUUUUGGUAACUGUGAAAUUGGGUUUUAUGGAGACAAAUGUGACAAGGUUUGUCCCAGCAAUUGCAUCACUGCAUCAUGCGAGAAGUCAAAUGGAUAUUGUUCAGCAUGUAAAGAUGGAUAUUUCGGUAUGAACUGCUCAUCUACUUGUAAUUCGUUUUGCAUCAGCAAUAAAUGCAACCAGACUUCAGGAUACUGUACGUUUGAUUGUCCGAGUGGAUAUCGAGGUUUAUUUUGCAAUGAACAGUGUGAUUCAGCAUGCGCUGACAACACAUGCAACCGAUUCACGGGUGCCUGCGUUGGGAGUUGCGAGACCGGAAAAUACGGAGAACUCUGUGAACAAAUGUGUAAUUCGAACUGUGGUGGAGGUACUUGUCUAAAGGACUCAGGGACGUGCAUUGGGGGUUGUAAAGUAGGCUUUCAUGGCCUAAUGUGCAAUGCUGUCUGUAGCGCUCAGUGUGCUUCCUCAUGUGAUCAAACAGCAGGUACCUGCGACGGGGCGUGUAAGGUGGGUCAUUAUGGAAGCUUUUGCGAAAGACCAUGUAACACUUUCUGCAAAGGAGAUGCGUGUGACAAAGUCACCGGAGCUUGCUCGAGUGGAUGUGAUCUGGGAUACUAUGGAACGUACUGUAAUCAAUCUUGCAGCAACUGUGAUGCACAGGGCUGCAACGAUCGAACUGGUAAUUGUCUAGGACAAUGUGACGUGGGUUUCUAUGGCUCACAAUGCAACUCUUCGUGCGCAACUACCUGUCUAGAAGCUUGUCAGAAAACAACUGGACUUUGCUCAGGUUGUCCAACUGGCUAUUAUGGAGAUUAUUGUCAGCAGCAAUGUAUGACUUGCGACAGUAUGGGAUGUUCUAUUUCAGAUGGUACGUGUCUGGGGUUUUGCAAAAACAACAUGUACCACGAUCAGUACUGUAGGUCCAUAUGUGGACAGAAUUGCGAAAAUGGAACUUGUAACAAGGAAACGGAAUAUUGUGAUUCAUGUGUGCAAGGUUUUUAUGGUCCAAAGUGUACAUUACGAUGCAAUGGGAAUUGUCAGCAAAAUUCAUGUAGACGAAGUGAUGGGUAUUGUACAUACCCCUGCUCAGAACGAUAUUACGGUCCAACCUGCACAUCGAUAUGUAGCAUUUACUGUAGCAACGGUUGCAAUCGACAGACAGGCGUCUGCAAUGCUUGCACAGCUGGUCGUCAUGGCGACUUUUGUAAUAAUACAUGCAGCAGUACUUGUGCAUCCGGUAUCUGUGAAAAACAGAAUGGAAAUUGUGUUGGUUCAUGUGUCCCAAAAUAUUAUGGCGAUAAAUGUACUUCUGAGUGUAGCACCUCCUGUGCAACUAGCUGUAACAGAACAACAGCAUAUUGUAUUGGCGACUGCAUACCUGGACACUAUGGUAACUUUUGCGAAAUGGACUGUAGCUUUGGAUGUAUUGGUCAAGUCUGCGCUAGAAGUAAUGGGGUCUGCGGAAGUGGCUGCAAAGCUGGAUACUGGGGUGUGUUCUGUAACAACACCUGUCAAUCUUGUGACGCUAAUGGAUGCUUUCAGAAUAACGGAACAUGUGUAUCCCAGUGCUUGCCUGGUUUCUACGGAGCAGACUGUACACGAAACUGUAGUUUAACAUGCAAGGACAGCAGAUGCGAUCGCUCAACAGGUGCCUGUACUGAAUGUAAGGAUGGCUAUUAUGGAGAACGAUGCAAUUUCAAUUGCAGCACUGGUUGUUUGAACAAUGCUUGCACGCAGUAUUCGGGGGUGUGUAAAUCUAGUUGCAAACCCGGGUUUUAUGGAACAAGCUGUAAUAGGGUGUGUGUGGGUUGUAGCGAGUGUAUUCAGAGUACUGGGGACUGUGCAAAUUGUACUCAAGGUUUUUAUGGAACAAACUGCCAAUACGCAUGCAGUUCUUUUUGCAAAUUGUCCUCUGCUGAACAAUUAAUAUGUGACAAAGACAGUGGAGCAUGUGCAUAUCAAUGCAGAGAUGGAUGGUGGGAUGCAAAGUGCGACCAACCCUGCAAUAAUGCAGUAGGUUGUCAAAGUACCGCUUGUGACAUCAAUACCGGGCACUGCUUGACAACAUGCAAGGAUGAAUACUUUGGAAAUCGGUGUGAACAACGUUGCAGCGCAACAUGUUCAGGUGGAAAAUGUGAAAAAAUUUCGGGUACUUGUUCUAUUGGCUGCGAUAACGGUUACUACGGACCAACGUGUUCUUUGACCUGUCCGCAAAACUGUUUAAUCUGCGAUUUUCAAACAGGAACUUGUAUUUCCUGCUUAAAAGGUAAAUACGGUAGCACUUGUCAAUUUAACUGUAGCAGUACGUGCAGAGUUACUUCAGAUAGCCAACAAACCUGUGAGAAAUCAUCAGGUAACUGCUUAAAUGAUUGUACCAAUGGAUACUUUGGUGAUAGGUGUAUACAGCCUUGUCCAGGUCGAUGUGUGAGUGGCAGUUGCAACAGAGCAAACGGACAAUGCGCCGGUGAUUGUAUGAACGGAUAUUAUGGUCUCUUCUGUAACCAAAGUUGUGCAAACUGUUCUGAGGUCAGUGGUCAAAAAAUGUGCCAUCGUUCCACAGGAGUUUGCACCGACGGGUGUAAACUCGGAUUCUUUAACGAUCGCUGUUCGAAGCUUUGUUCAUUUGAUUGCCAAUCAUUUGCUUGCUCGGGUACCGAGAGAAACUGCACUUUGGGAUGCAUACAGGGUUUAUUUGGAUCCGAUUGUACAUCGAAGUGCAACCCAAACUGCGUCAACGAUCUUUGCGAGAGGACCUCCGGGGAAUGUACGGUUGGAUGUCGAUCAGGAUUUUAUGGAACGCUGUGUGAUCGAAGCUGUAAAACAGCAGGAUGUGCUAGCGGAAGCUGUGAUCGUCAAACAGGUGCUUGUCAGACAAGUUGUUUAGCAGGUUACUUUGGACCCUACUGCAACUCAACCUGUCCUCGAUGUGAUUACCUCAGUUGUGACAAGACAACAGGUGCCUGCAUUGGGGACUGCAAGGCGGGUUUUUACGGAUCAAACUGUGAACUAAAAUGUAGUCAAAACUGCAAUGGCUCAAGUUGCGACAGGUCCUCUGGCAGAUGUACCAACGGUUGUUCAGCUGGAUGGUAUGGGGAGCAAUGUAACCAGCAAUGUCCGAUUAAUUGCAAUCAAGGCUUUUGUAAUCGUGUCUCGGGUAACUGCAACUCUUGCAAUGAUGGCCAUUAUGGAAUAAAAUGCGAAUUGUUUUGCAGUACCAACUGCAUAAAUCCGUUUUGCAAUUUUACAGAUGGGACAUGCGUUGACUGUGCUUCUGGUUGGUGGGGAAAUGCUUGCAAUGUAAGAUGCCCUGAUAACUGUGAAAAUCUAAUCUGUUCCCAGAACACUGGUAACUGCCUAACAUGUAAACCUGGUUUUUACGGCACCGACUGUAGACUUACUUGUUCUGGGUGUGCAUCAUUCAAUGGUGAGUCCAACUGCUUGCAAUUAGAUGGUACUUGCCUGAACAAAUGUAACCCGGGAUUUUAUGGAAGUAUGUGUACAGGAGUUUGCAACAAUAAGUGCAAAAAUAAUAUUUGCGUAAAUUCAGCCACAAAUUGUUCUGAAGGAUGUAAGAUUGGUUUCUAUGGACAAGAUUGUCAGUCCAUAUGUAGCGCCAACUGUAUGAACUCAGAAUGCAACAAAAUUUCCGGCGCUUGUCUUCAAGGUUGCAAACCGAGAUUCUUUGGUCAAACAUGUAACCGUGCUUGUAACACCUCAUGCUUGGAUAAUUUAUGCAAUUCUGUUGAUGGACAUUGUCUUGACUGUCCAGAUCAGUACUAUGGCCAAUUUUGUGAAUCGGAAUGCCAUGCUAAUUGCCUUGGAGGUGUCUGCGAUAAGAAUGGGCGAUGUGUCAGUUGUAAAUCAGGAUAUUAUGGAGAAAUGUGUACCAAAGCUUGUGGAAACUGUACCAACUGUGACCGAACAACUGGAUGCCAAGCGUGCCCUGUAGGAAAAUGGGGAAACGCCUGUCAGUAUAAUUGCAAUGCUAACUGCCAACUGAACCAGUGCAGCAAAGAUGAUGGGACGUGCAAUUGUAAAAUUGGUUUCUAUGGAACUUCCUGUGAUAAGCCUUGCAAUAACUCUGGUAACUGUAUUACACUUGCUUGUGAAAAGGUUACGGGCGAUUGCAGCGGAAAUUGUGUUGAUGGUUGGUAUGGUAGUAAAUGUGGUAUACAUUGCCCAGAUCAUUGCAAAAACAAAGCAUGCAAUCGUCAGAAUGCAUUGUGUAGCUUUGGCUGUUCACCUGGUUAUUAUGGAGAUCUAUGUACAUCGCAAUGCCCCGUUGGUUGUUAUGAUUGCACUUCUGAUACCUCCUGUUUGUCUUGUAAACCAAAUCGUUACGGAACAAAAUGUAUUAUGCAGUGCAGUGAUAACUGCAAGCUGCCCACCGAUGGGACAAGAGUGUGCGAUACAUCAACUGGAAAGUGUGUUCUUGGUUGUAGGGAUGGAUACUAUGGCGAAAAUUGCAAUAAGAAGUGUUCUUCAAAUUGUAAUAACAUUGCUUGCGAGAGAGACACGGGCAGGUGCAUUGGAAUAUGUAAAGCGACCUUCUAUGGCUUUUUCUGUAACGAAUCGUGCAAUGGGUGCGAAACUGUAGGGGGAAGUAGCUGCGAACAGCCAACUGGGCGAUGUCUGCAUGGUUGUGUUACAGGCUUUUAUGGAACCUAUUGCCGGGACCAGUGCAGUUCAAAUUGCCAAAACCAGAAAUGCGAAACAUCUAGUGACAACUGCUUAGAAGGGUGCAUCACUGGAAAGUAUGGUUUCGAUUGUAAACAAGAGUGCGACGCAAAAUGUUUCGGUGGCAAAUGCGCACGCUCGACUGGAUCCUGUGAACUAUGCCAUAGUGGAUUUGAGGGGCCAACAUGCAGCCAAAGCCUGGUGUCUUCUGAGAACAACAACCUCCCACUGAUUGUUGGGCUGUCGUCAGGCGGUGGAUUCCUGCUGAUCAUCAUCAUCGUAACAGUCUUAUGCAUGCAACAACUACGAUCAAGAAAACGUCUUGAAAGAGAGAUAGCGGUAAAACACUUCCAAGAACAAAAUGGAUGGACAUUUGAUGACGAGAGAUUGACAGCAAACCAGUUUGACAAAAUGAGUGCUUUUAAUGGCAGUAUGCACGGCGGAAGCGUGCACGGAAGUAUUCACGGAAGCCAGUUCCACGGCAGUCAAUACCAUGUUUACGACAACGAACUAGUCUCUGGUAUAGGUGAUGAUAUCGCCCUAACCGACUUCCCACAAUAUGUCUGUAAAAUGAGAGUCACAGAUGGCGCCUAUGAGAGAGCCCACAAGAAACUUCUAGUUGGUCUGAUAGCCCCGUGUCUGGAGGCACAAAAAGAAGAAAACGUGAAGAAAAACAGAUACAAAAACAUAUUUUCCUAUGACCAUUCACGUGUUGUAUUGAAGACUGAAGAGCCCUCUGAUUCACGUUACAUCAAUGCCAACUAUAUAAACGGUUAUUCAACGAAAAAAAGAUACAUUGCAGCACAAGGGCCUACCGAACACACAGUCGACGACUUUUGGACUAUGGUUUGGCAAGAACACUGCUCCACAGUAGCCAUGCUAACGAAUCUUGUUGAAUGCGGGGUGAAUAAAUGCUACCCCUACUGGCCAGACGAGAACACGGAGAGCUCCCACGCUGGAAUUAUGAUAAAGUGCAAAAGUAAAGACGUCUUUGCAGAUUUUAUCAUUAGAAGUCUUACAAUAAGUAAGGAAGGGGAAGAGAGAAGCCUGACACACUGUCAAUACACCACGUGGCCAGAUAGGGGCGUUCCCCAAUACGUCACGCCCCUAGUUGAAUAUUUACAUAUGAUCAGAUCAAUGCAAACGAACGAUUUUCCAAUGCUAGUACACUGCAGCGCUGGCUGUGGUAGAACUGGAUCCUUUAUAGCUGUCCAUUACCUGUGCCAAGAGGCGCUAAAAGAACGUAAAGUUAACGUGUUUGAAUGUAUCAAAAGAAUGAGGGAGCAACGAGUAAACAUGGUUCAAACCCCGGAGCAAUAUCACUUUGUUCAUGAAUGUAUCUUGGGGGUCUUAUUGUCUGCAAGGUGCAUCGUUAAAGCGAACCAGUUUAGGGAAUAUUACGUCAGUAUGAUGGAAAUUAAAAACGGUGCUUCCAUUAGAAAGUUGGAGCAACAGUUCAUGAACAUGAGGUCGAUGCUCCAACUGUCAGAUAAAGCUGAGAGUGCUCAUUUACCAGAAAACCUACCAAAGAACAGAACAAAUAUAGUAGCAAAUGACUCUUCUCGAGUGUUCCUUUGGUCAAGCGUCAAGGGUUGCAACGAUUAUAUCAAUGCCAUAUAUAUUCCGAAUUACAGACAACGGUAUGCGUAUAUUAUUACGGAGAUGCCACAGGUUCAUACCAUUAUAGAUUUCUGUAGACUUCUGCAACAAGAAGAAUGUCGCACCAUUGUAAUGUUGAAUAGUGGAUUCACCGAUACACAGGACGGUAAGUACUGGGCCGAUCCAGGAGAGAGUGUGGUUUGUGGACCAUUCCGGCUGACGGUGAAGACUGUGAGUGAAGAUGAACACUGUAUUUGCCGGAAGAUGGAGCUUCAUUACAGUAUCGGGAGUGAACAGGACAGUGUUAAUUUGGUAGAUGUUGAAGGGGUAAUGGAAAUUCGACAAUAUCAUCUAAAAUCCUGGCAGGAUACAGGACCAGUUCCGGAUUCCGAGUUUGCUAUACUCAAUGUAAUAAACAGAAUACAGUUAUGGCAACAUGAAGCUGGAAACCAUCCAAUUAUUGUACACUGCAGAAAUGGUGCAGAAAGAAGUGGCUUGUACUGCUUGUGUUCAAUAGCUAUAGACAGGAUUAAUUCGGACGGAACGGUCGCUAUGCCCUUAAUGCUAAAUCAUCUGCGGUCGAGAAGAAAACAAUUGGUGCCGUAUUUUGCCCAGUACAAGUUUUGCCAUGACGUUGUAGAACGAUAUAUAUCACAGAUGAAGCAUCGGUCAUCUCUGACGUAAUAUUACGAAGAAAAUGGAUAUUUUAUUGAUAUAACUCAUAAAAAGGUGCUUGUUUCAAACACAUUUGCAUUGCAAUCAUUAUAUGAUACUUGUUUUGUUCAACAUGAAUAUUUUUAACGUUUAUUAUAUAAAAUGAUAUGUUUUUAAUUUAGAUGAAAACUUAAAUAGUUUUAUUAUUGAAUGAUAAAGCAGUUGCAUUUUAAUUUUAGUGAUUUGCUCUGAAAAUAUAGAUAAGUAUAUUUUUCUACAGUAUUUGCUGUUUACAGCCAAUGUAUAGACGCUUUCCCGAUAACAUCGGUACUGUUGUCUUGAAAGGCAACUCGAUAUUCAUUGCCGAAGUUUUGUAUAUAGAUAAUCUAAUGACGUAAAUGAAAACUGACGUUACAUCAUAUUUCUCCAAACUAUGUCAUUUUGCCCUGCAAAAGGGCAGUAUUGCAGUUACUGUGAAAGGGUCUUUAUGUAGAAUUGUUCAUACGGAUCGUUUGAAGAAUGCUUUUCAUUUCAAGGAUUAAACCUGAAACUGUAGCUUGUUUUUUGUCAGAAUCAAACACUUUAGAGCUUGUUUAUGUUUUACAAAAUAAAACAUGCAUAUGAAUUAAACACCAUUUAUGUUU